AUGGGGACCCGGCGGGGGCGAGCGGGGGCCGCGCUGGUGGCGCUGCUGGCGCUGCUGGCGGCCGCCGGAGCGACGUGCCCGGAGCGGGAGCUGGAGCGGCGGGAGGAGGAGGCCAACGUGGUGCUCACGGGCACCGUGGAGGAGAUCCUCAACGUGGACCCCGUGCACCACACGUACUCCUGCAAGGUGAGAGUCUGGCGCUACCUGAAAGGCAAAGACAUUGUCACGCACGAGAUCCUCUUGGAUGGUGGGAACAAGGUGGUCAUUGGUGGCUUUGGGGACCCGCUCAUCUGCGACAACCAAGUGUCGACCGGCGACACGCGGAUUUUCUUCGUCAACCCGGCGCCGCAGUACCUGUGGCCGGCGCACCGCAACGAGCUCAUGCUCAACUCCAGCCUCAUGCGGAUAACGCUGCGCAACCUGGAGGAGGUUGAGCACUGCGUGGAGGACAAGCCCAAUAGUUAUUUCACCCAGACGCCGCCAACCCCGCGAGAUGCGUGCCGAGGGAUGCUGUGCGGCUUCGGCGCCGUGUGCGAGCGCAGCGCCGCCGAGCCCGCCCGCGCCGCCUGCGUCUGCAAGAAGACGGCGUGUCCGGCCGUCGUGGCUCCCGUCUGCGGCUCCGAUUACUCCACCUACAGCAACGAGUGCGAGCUGGAGAAAGCCCAGUGCAACCAGCAGAGGCGGAUCAAAGUCAUCAGCAAGGGGCCCUGCGGCUCAAAGGACCCCUGCGCGGAGGUGACGUGCAGCUUCGGCAGCACGUGCGUGCGUGGUGCGGAUGGGCAGUCGGCCAAGUGCGUCUGCCCGUCCUCCUGCAGCGGCGUCCCCGAGAGCACCGUGUGCGGCAGCGACGGCAGGGACUACCGCAGCGAGUGCCACCUCAACAAGCAUGCCUGCGACAAGCAGGAGAACGUCUUCAAGAAGUUCGAUGGCGCCUGCGGAGACAGCAGAAACGAGUGCGUCAUGGCGCGCUCGGCGGCCCUGCGCGGCCUCGACCUGCAGAAGGUGCGCUCGGGGCAGUGCCAGCCGCAGGACCGCUGCCAGGAGGAGUGCCGCUUCGGCGCCGUGUGCCUCAACCGCCGCGGCAGCGCGCGCUGCUCCUGCGAGCGCGUGGCCUGCGACGGCGCCUACCGGCCCCUGUGCGCCCGCGACGGCCGCACCUACGGCAGCGAGUGCGAGCGCCGCCAGGCCGAGUGCCGCCAGCAGGCCGCCCUGCCCGUCAAGCACCGCGGGCCCUGCGACCUGGGCGCCCCCAGCCCCUGCCUGAGCGCCGAGUGCACGUUCGGCGCCACGUGCGUGGUGAAGAACCAGGAGGCCGUGUGCGAGUGCCAGCAGGUGUGCCAGGGCCGCUACGACCCCGUGUGCGGCACCGACGAGCGCACCUACGGCAACCCCUGCGAGCUGCGCUCCAUGGCCUGCGUGCUGCGCAGGGACAUCAAGGUGAAGCACAAGGGACCCUGCGAUCGCUGCGGCAAGUGCCAGUUCGGGGCCAUCUGCGAGGCGGAGACGGGGCGCUGCGUGUGCCCCACGGAGUGCGUGGCCUCCUCGCAGCCCGUGUGCGGCACGGACGGCGUCACCUACGGCAGCGAGUGCGAGCUGCACGUGCGCGCGUGCACCCAGCAGAGCCCCAUCCGCGUGGCCGCCCAGGGGCCCUGCGAGUCGUGCGGCGGCAGCGUGUGCUCCUUCGGCGGCACGUGCGCGGGCGGGCGCUGCGUGUGCCCGCGCUGCGCGCCCCAGCCCGCCGCCCCGCUCUGCGGCACCGACGGCCGCACCUACGGCAGCGCCUGCGAGCUGCGCGCCGCCGCCUGCCAGCAGCAGAGCAGCAUCGAGGUGGCCCGCGCGGGGCCCUGCGAGGACGAGUGCGGCUCGGGCGGCUCCGGCUCCGGCGACGGCAGCGAGUGCGAGCAGGACCGGUGCCGGCAGUACGGCGGCUGGUGGGACGAGGACGCCGAGGACGAGCGCUGCGUGUGCGACUUCACGUGCCUGGCCGUGCCGCGCAGCCCCGUGUGCGGCUCCGACGGCGUCACCUACGCCAACGAGUGCGAGCUGAAGAAGACGCGCUGCGAGAAGCGCCAGGACCUCUAUGUCACUAGCCAAGGAGCCUGUCGGGCUCUCGCCACGACCUCGUCGCCUCUGCCAGCCGUGCACUGCAGCCAGACUGUCUACGGAUGCUGUCCCGAUAACAUGACCUUGGCGCUUGGAGUGGGCUCAGCCGGGUGUCCGAGCACCUGCCAGUGCAACCCGUACGGCUCCUACGGGGGGGCCUGCGACCCCACCACGGGGCAGUGCUCCUGCAAGCCGGGCGUCGGGGGCCUCAAGUGCGACCGCUGCGAGCCCGGCUUCUGGAAUUUCCGAGCCAUCGUCACCGACGGCAAGAGCGGCUGCACGCCCUGCAGCUGUGACCCGGUGGGCUCGGUGCGUGAUGACUGCGAGCAGAUGACAGGGCUGUGCUCCUGCAAGACUGGCAUCACUGGCAUGAAAUGCAACCAGUGCCCCAAUGGCAGCAAGCUGGGCAUGACGGGCUGCGAGAAAGACCCGUCAGCGCCCAAAUCCUGCGAGGAAAUGAGCUGCGAGUUCGGGGCCUCGUGCGUGGAGGUCAAUGGCUUUGCCCACUGCGAGUGCCCGUCCCCGCUCUGCUCGGAGGCCAACAUGACCAAGGUGUGUGGCUCUGACGGUGUCACAUAUGGGGACCAGUGCCAGCUGAAGACCAUUGCGUGCCGGCAGGGACAGGUCAUCACGGUGAAGCACGCGGGCCAGUGCCACGAGACCAUCACUCAUGCAAGCCACACCACACCGCCCAGACCCCUGCCCACACUUCCCCUGGACAAAUUAAUUCUUCCUCCCCUGCUCCGGCUCACUACCCAGGCUCCUGAGCCCACUGAGGUGGCUACCAGCUCGCUGCUCUUGGAAGCCAGGCCUAGCGCGAGAGGUCACGGCACGACGAGACGCGUGACAACCGCCAGACCGGCCACCACGCCAUGGGUGACCCAUGGGGUGCAUAAGACCACGGUGCGGCCCCUCUCGACGGCACCCGUGGUCCUGGCCACCACCCAGCCUGCCUACGUCGAGUCCGGCAGCGCGGACGGCAGUGGAGACCAGGAGAUGGGCAGCAGCGGAGACCAGGAGGCCAGCGGGGCAGGGUCUGCUGGGGAAGAGGAGGAGGAGGAGGAAGAAAGCCAGGUAACCCCCACGCCAGCCAUCGAGAGGGCUACGUGUUACAACACCCCGCUCGGAUGCUGCUCCGAUGGCAAGACCGCCGCUGCGGAUGCAGAAGGCAGCAACUGUCCUGCUACCAAAGUCUUCCAAGGAGUCCUCAUCCUGGAGGAGGUGGAAGGCCAGGAGCUGUUCUACACCCCUGAGAUGGCUGACCCCAAAUCCGAGCUCUUUGGGGAGACAGCCAGGAGCAUUGAGAGCGCGCUGGAUGAGCUUUUCCGCCAUUCUGACGUUAAGAAGGAUUUCAAGAGCAUCCGUGUCCGAGACCUGGGACAGAGCAGCGCUGUCCGUGUCAUUGUGGAGUCCCACUUUGACCCAGCCACUUCCUACACAGCAGCUGAUGUCCAGGAGGCCCUGCUGAAGCAGAUCAAAGCUUCCAAGAAGAAGACCAUCCUGGUGAAGAAGCCCCCGCAGGAGCAUGUCAAAUUCAUGGAUUUUGACUGGAUCCCGCGGCUCUUCACCACCACCAUGACCACAACCACGGCCACCACCAUGGCGCCCGCGACCACGCGGAGGUACAGCCCGGCCACCACGGCCCACGCGGGGCGCCCCCACGCCACCGCCGUGCCCGGCACCAAGGCGGCAGCGCCCGCCGGCACCAGGAGACCCACGGCCGCCCUCCCCGUCACCGGCCGGCGGAAGCCCCCRCGCCAGCCCCCGGCCACCAGGAAGCCCCCGCGGCCCUGCGACUCGCACCCCUGCUUGCACGGGGGCACCUGCGAGGACGAUGGCAGCGAGUUCACCUGCAGCUGCCCGGCGGGCAAAGGAGGAGCCGUCUGCGAGAAAGCCGUCAGGUACUUCAUCCCCAGCUUUGGUGGCAAGUCCUACCUGGCCUUCAAGAUGCUGAAGGCGUACCACACGGUGCGCAUCGCCAUGGAGUUCCGCGCCGCCGAGCGGAGCGGGCUGCUCCUCUACAACGGGCAGAACCGCGGCAAGGACUUCAUCUCCCUGGCGCUGCUGGGCGGCUUUGUGGAGCUCAGGUUCAACACCGGCUCCGGCACGGGCAUCAUCACCAGCAAGGUCCGCGUCGAGCCCGGCAAGUGGCACCAGCUGGUGGUGAACCGCAACCGCCGCAGCGGCAUGUUGUCCGUCGACGGCGAGCCCCACGUCAACGGCGAGAGCCCCACGGGCACGGACGGGCUCAACCUCGACACGGACCUGUUCAUCGGAGGUGCGCCAGAAGACCAGAUGGCCGUGGUGACGGAGCGCACGGGGGCCACGGCCGGCCUGAAGGGCUGCAUCCGCCUCCUGGACGUCAACAACCAGAUGUACGAGCUGCGGGAGAAGGGCAGCGACGUGCUCUACGGCAGCGGCGUGGGCGAGUGCGGCAACGACCCCUGCCACCCCAACCCCUGCCACCACGGCGGCGUCUGCCGCGUGAAGGAGGCCGAGAUGUUCCACUGCGAGUGUCUGCACAGCUACACGGGUCCGACGUGUGCCGACGAGAGGAAUCCCUGCGACCCUACGCCCUGCCACGUCUCCGCCACUUGCUUGGUGCUGCCGGAGGGAGGUGCCUUGUGCGCCUGUCCCAUGGGACGGGAAGGAGACUUCUGCGAGCGAGUGGCAGAGCAGGACCACAGCAUCCCCUUCCUGCCGGAGUUCAACGGCUUCUCCUCCUACCUGGAGCUGAAUGGGCUGCAGACCUUCGUGCCUGACCUGCAGGACAAAAUGUCCAUGGAAGUUGUGUUCCUGGCCAAGAACCCCAACGGCAUGAUCUUCUACAAUGGGCAGAAGACGGAUGGCAAAGGGGACUUUGUCUCGCUAGCCUUGCACAACGGCUACCUGGAGUACAGAUAUGACCUGGGCAAAGGGGCAGCUGUGCUCAGGAGCAAAGAGCCAGUGCCCCUCAAUACGUGGAUAAGUGUUUUGCUGGAGAGGAACGGCCGCAAAGGGGUGAUGAGGAUCAACAGCAGCGAGAGGGUGAUGGGAGAGUCGCCGAAAUCCCGCAAGGUGCCCCACACCUUCCUGAACCUCAAGGAGCCCUCUUACGUGGGGGGAGCCCCUGACUUCAGCAAGCUGGCCCGAGCCGCCGCCAUCUCCACGAGCUUGGAGGGSGCUGUGCAGAGGAUCUCCGUCAAGGGGGUGCCCAUCCUCAAGGAGGAGAACAUCCGCAGCGCCAUCGCGGUCUCCUCCUUCCGAGGCCACCCCUGCACCCAGAAGCCGGCCCCCUGCGAGAACGGGGGCACUUGCAGUCCCCGGCUAGAGAGCUACGAGUGCCUGUGCCAGCGGGGCUUCUCGGGGGCGCGCUGCGAGAAAGUGCUCAUUGAGAAGGCAGCGGGAGAUGCAGAGGCCAUUGCUUUUGAUGGUAGGACCUACAUGGAGUACCACAACGCUGUGACAAAGAGCGAGAAGGCCCUGCAGUCGAACCACUUUGAGCUCAGCAUCAAAACGGAAGCCACGCAGGGGCUCAUCCUGUGGAGYGGGAAGGGGCUGGAGCGCUCGGACUACAUCGCCCUAGCCAUAGUGGAUGGCUUCGUGCAGAUGACCUACGAUCUGGGCUCCAAGCCCGUCGUCCUGCGCUCCACCGUGCCCGUCAACACCAACCGCUGGAUUCACAUCAAGGCAUCCAGGGUGCAGAGAGAGGGUUCCCUGCAAGUCGGCAACGAAGCCCCCGUCUCUGGUUCUUCUCCGCUGGGUGCGACGCAGCUGGACACGGACGGGGCCCUGUGGCUGGGAGGGAUGGAGAAGCUCGGCGUGGCGCACCGGCUGCCCAAGGCCUUCAGCACCGCCUUCGUGGGCUGCAUAAGGGACGUCACSGUGGACCACCGGGACCUGCAUCUGGUGGAGGACGCUUUAAACCACCCCACGAUAUUACACUGCUCAGCCAAAUAGACCCCAGGGACCCUCCCUUCUCCCUCCCGCCCUCCUGCCUAUUGCUGUAAUUAUUUUCUAUU